UGACAGUAUAAACUUUUCACUUACGUCUAUCUGGGUGACAAGUGAAAUCGGUGAAAUUAUUUAUUUAUAAUAGGAUUACUUUACAAAAAUGUCGUUUUUCGGAGUAGGGAAUCCUUUUGCUUCGCCGGUGGGGCAGAAAAUAGAACAAGCUACAGAUGGAUCGCUGCCAUCAGAAAAUUGGGCUCUUAACAUGGAAAUAUGUGAUAUUAUUAAUAGUAGUACAGAUGGGCCUAAAGAUGCCAUCAAAGCUAUUCGGAAGAGAUUGACUCAGAGUGCUGGAAAAAACUACACCGUAGUUAUGUACACUCUCACUGUCCUCGAAACAUGCGUAAAGAAUUGUGGAAAGAGCUUCCAUGUAUUGGUUUGCAACAAGGAAUUCAUUUCUGAACUGGUGAAACUUAUUGGGCCUAAAAAUGAUCCACCGACAGUUGUGCAAGAAAAAGUUCUUAGUCUCAUCCAAUGCUGGGCUGAUGCUUUCCAAAACCAACCAGAACUACAGGGAGUGGGUCAAGUGUACAAUGAGCUGCGAACAAAAGGCGUUGAGUUCCCAAUGACAGAUUUGGAUGCUAUGGCGCCAAUAUUCACUCCACAAAGAAGUGUGCCAGAUGGAGGUGAGCCCAUCGUUGGUUCUCCUCAACGCGCCGCCAUCCCGCAGAAUUCGCCAAGUCGGCCCACACAGGAACAAAUUACUGGAACACAGGUGACGCUCUCCGAGAGCCAGACGAGCAAGCUACGCGCAGACCUGUCAGUGGUGGAGGGCAACAUGACCGUCAUGAACGACAUGCUCACCGAGCUCACCGCGCAGCCCUACCACCAGCACCACGACACCGACAUCGAGCUGCUCAACGAGCUGGCGAGCACGCUGCGCGCGAUGCAGGCGCGCGUGGCGGAGCUGGUGGCGCGCCUGGCGGGCGAGAGCGCGCUCACGGCCGAGCUGCUGCUCACCAACGACCGCCUGCACAACCUGCUGCUGCGACACUCGCGCUUCGUCAACAACAGAAUUGCCGCGACCGGUGGAGCGACUCCAUCCGCCAUCUUGGGAGCUGCUAUGGGGGUUCCCGGCACGACCUCGCCGGAGAAGAAUGAAGACGACGCUCUCAUUGAUCUUAGUGAUGACGUGCCCGACGUGGCGAAACUGUCUGUAAAGGACGAGCAGCCCGACAAGUCGCCGAGCAGUUCCAAGGACGAGUUCGAUAUGUUCGCGCAGUCGCGGAACGUCACCUACGAGACCUCCAAGACGGGGGGCAGCAGCUACGCCGACAACGCGGAGGAGCCGCGCAGCGCCGGGCUCGCCGCCGCCGCGCAGCUGCGACCCGCCGCGCUCCCGACUGGAAUGGAUCAGAGAGAAUUCGAUGAGAUAUCGGCUUGGUUAGCACAGGAGAAGGCGGCCUCCGAAGCGAAUGGGGCCCAAGAGAGCGUGACCAGCAGCGACUUCGACAAGUUCCUCGCCGAGAGAGCCGCCGCAGCCGAGAACCUUCCCAACGCCGGGGAGAAUAGAGCUCAGAACAAUCAGGCGACGCCGCGACACAGGCAGAUCGAGAAGGACGAAGAUUCCAUGUUCGCGCUCUGAUUUGUUUCGACAAUGUAAACGGUUCGCUGCUUCACUGCUAAUAUUUGUUUAUGAGAUAGAUGAGAACGUGGUUUGUAAAACGUAACCGAAAGUAUUAAAAAAUUACACGAUCGUAUGAUUAUUUAAAAUCGAAAUUAAAUUGUAAAAUCUGACAUAAUUGUAGAUUUAGUUAACUCGCUGAAGUCUCGAUAAAAUAUAAAAGGCAUUCGUGCCGAUUAUGUUGUAUACUUGCCUGACUCAACUCCCCUGACUCAACCGAUUUAACUCAAUAUCAUUCUAAUGAGUAUGUUUGAAAAUGAAUAGUAUUUUUUGUAGUUUAAUAUAAAGAUUGUCUGCAAACACUGUCUCCCUCUCCACCAAGAUCAAGAAAUUUAAUAAUUUUCGAACGUUGCAUUUUUUAACGUUAUUUAUUAUUAAGAAUUAUACAAUAAAAUAUAAUGUAUAAAUUGUCCCGAAUUGUAAAUUGUCUCGAACGGAAAGAAACGCUUUUUAAAUAAAUAUUGCAGUGAAAGUUAGACAUGCGUAGGCGCAUCUUUCAUGAAAUUAAGUUUUAAUUGAUUUUUUUGCAUCGAAUUGUGCAUCUAUAAAAGUAAUCCACGUUAUUUAAUAGUGAUAUCAAUACGGUUCUAUACAAUAGCUCGACAUAAAGAUGCCGAUUGGUGCCUGGCUUUUAUAAUGAAAUAUAAUUAAGCAAAAAAAAAACUGUGAGCAUCUUAUGUAUCACGAUAGGAAACAAUAAAUUAAAAAUAUACAUAAGCUAGCAAUUAUUUAUUGAAAUUUAUUUUAAAUUAAGUAAUUUUUGUUACUAAAUUUGAGAUUAUGUUAUAUUUCAUUUAAACAAUUUCAAUGCAUUUUAAAUAGCGACUGCGAUGUAAAUAUUUCGCAUUUAUUAAGUAUAUACUGGUAUAUAUACAAUUAAUAAUUCCUUUUAUAAAUAUGUAUAUAUCAAUUUAAACGUGGGAGCAUUUAUAAAUACCAUUAUUUUAUAUUAUUCUUGCAUAUGAGUAUUUGACUUUUUAAAACGUACAUUUACAACUUUUAUGAUGGGAUGACAAAAUAUCAAGUGCACCCGUUCAACUAAGAUCUUGUCAUGUAAUUUUUUGUAUAUGUCAAAUACUGAAAUGCUAUAACGAUUAUAUAAUAUAUAAAUAAUGGUUUGUGUGAUAUAUAUUAUACAUAAAUGUAAUGAUUUUAUAUAUAAUUAUAUUAUUGUAUUAAUUUUUAUUAGCGCAAUAUUUAAAUUGUGCAUUAAUUUAUAUAUAUUUACAUGAAUGAAAAUCAUUGGUCGUAUUACAUAUGUAGGUAGUUUUUCUCAUAUUUUCGUUGAUGAUUUAAUUUUAUUUUAAAAGUAGUCCAGUCUCGACUUUAGUGAAAUUGUGCCUCUGUAGUUACUUAUAAAGCCUGUUUGUGCAUUAUCAUCCUAUACACUGUAGUAGAGUAAUCCCACUUAUCAAGUUACCUUAAAUUAAGCCCUAUUUUUACCAAAGUAGAAUGCUUUCAAAUAUAUAUACUCGUGUACGAUUUCAAUAUGUAUUUAAUCAAUAUUCGAUGAAAUACUUAUUCACUAUUAUUGUGCACAAAACUUUAUUCAUUGUGUUUCAAAAAGAAUGGCGUCAGUUAACUUUUCAAUCAUGAUUUUAAAGUAUAUAAAAUCUAUGACUUAAUUUGAAGUUAGUUUAGUAAUAUGUAAACAAACAGGAAUUCAAUGAUAACGAAUAUCAUUAAGUAAUUGAUAUGUAUAAUUUAAUAAGUGUACACUUUUGAUUUUUUUUUUUCGAUUUAGAUGUUAUUAUUAUUUUAUGUGCAAAAUAUAGUUACAUCUUUUCUAAGAUACAAAUACUUUUUAACUGCUUAAAUGUAGUUUAUGACGAUAUAUUGGUAGAUAUUAUACGUGACCAAUACUGUUAUGUUAAAUAUUAAAACAUAUUUAUUCUUACGCCAUCUUAAUAAAAAAAAAUAUAACAUUUCUUAUCUAUGUCUCGACUCGUUAAGUCUCAUUAUAGUUAUAAAUUUUCAACCAUUCCACUUGUCUCGAUAAUGAUUAAUAUUUUGGUGUUAUGUGAUAAUUUUAAAAGAACAAGCUUACUGUUAAUAAUUUAAAGAGUUAUUUUAUGUUUAAUCGUUGUAAUUAAGAUAAUAAAAUAAAAUAUCAUAUUC